AUGAGCGAACUCGAACAUAAAAUAGAUAUUGAAAUUGAGGGCGACGAUCCCGAAGUCAAUGAUAUAAAAAAAAUUGUGUGCUCUCCAAAUUUAGAUUAUAUCACAGCUUGGGGUUACGCGAGAGAAAUUGACAUAAUUUACAUAUAUUCCCUUAAAGGAAGGGAAGGUCGAGAGUACGAGGGUAGAUUUAAGCCCGAAUUGCCAUUACCAUUGGGAUUUGAUGGGGACGGGGAUUUUAUUGACCUCCUUGAUAUAUCGGAUCAAAAGCACAUUGUUCUAAAAGCUUGUUAUGAUGAUCAUAAAAAUGAGAUUGAAAGUCUGGUGCUUUUUGAUGCCAAUGUCUUUGAAAACGAGAAAAGAGGUGUUUUAUUACAAACCGGUAACAAGGGGACGUUUAUCGGAGGGACCUUUGUCACAAAUGAGAAGUACAACAGGGGAUACGUGCUUAUCAAGGAAGAGAGAGAGGAGGUAGACGGCGAAGAAAAUAUUAUCGCUACGGGUUACUUGUUUUCAGGACCGAACUGGAAAUAA